AUGGCAGUCCAGACUUCUCCCUUGACAUGGCUUAUGCUUUUCUGUUUCACUCUUGGCUUGCUUGUCUGCUGCCAUGGGGCCUCUGAUGAUAGACAGGUCUACAUUGUCUACAUGGGUGAUAUCCCAAAGGGUGACUUCUCUGUUGCAAGCCUUCACACCAGCAUGCUUCAAGAUGUCGUUCCUAGUACUGCUGCAUCAGACGUUUUGCUGUACAGCUAUCAUAGGAGCUUCAAUGGAUUUGCAGCCAAGUUGACCAAGGAGGAGGCUGAGAAACUGAGAGGAAAGGAAGGAGUUGUGUCAGUGUUCCUUAGUCAAAAGAAGGAGCUCCACACAUCAAGGUCAUGGGACUUCAUGGGAUUUUCAAAAAAAGUGAAAAGAUCAGUUAUUGAGAGCGAUAUCAUUGUUGGGAUGCUUGACACUGGGAUUUGGCCAGAAUCUGAAAGUUUUAAUGACACAGGAUUUGGUCCAAUACCAGCAAAAUGGAAGGGCACCUGCGAAAAGUCUUCCAAUUUCACUUGCAACAAAAAAGUAAUUGGAGCUAAAUACUACCGGGCUAAUGGAGAUUUUAGUCCAGGUGAUUUUAUUUCUCCAAGAGACUCCGAAGGUCAUGGGAGUCAUACUGCAUCAACAGCUGCGGGUGGCUUAGUUAGCAAGGCAAGCUUAUAUGGCCUUGCCAAAGGGACCGUUCGCGGAGCGGUUCCAUCUGCCCGCAUUGCUGUGUACAAGAUUUGUUGGUCUGAUGGUUGCUAUGAUGUAGACAUUCUCGCAGCAUUCGAUGAUGCAAUAGCCGAUGGUGUUGACAUAAUCUCUCUUUCAGUAGGGAGUUCCUUUCCAGCUGAUUAUUUUGAUGAUUCAAUUGCUAUUGGAGCUUUCCAUUCGAUGAAGAAUGGGGUCCUAACAUCCAACUCUGCUGGCAAUAGUGGUCCUUAUCCUGCAUCAAUUGUGAACUUUUCACCUUGGUCUCUUUCAGUGGCUGCCAGUACCAUAGAUAGAAAGUUUGUGACUAAGGUGAAGCUGGGUAAUGGUGAGAUUUAUGAGGGAACCUCAAUCAACACAUUUGAUCUCAAGGAGAAAAUGUACCCUUUCAUCUUUGGUGGAGUUGCUCCAAAUACCUCACGAGGUUUUACUUCUGAGGAUUCUAGGUAUUGCUUGCCAGGAACAUUGAACGAAACCUUAGUGAAAGGAAAAAUCGUUUUCUGUGACUAUUACAGUGAUGGAGAUGGUCCAAUCGAAGGAGGAGCUGUUGGUGCGAUAUACCAGUAUGGAGGAAACAAAGAUUAUGUCUUCAGUUACCCUCUACCUCUUUCCAACUUGAACUUGGAUGAUGGAAGAGUUGUUUUCAACUACGUGAACACAACAGAAAACCCAACUGCAACAGUAUUCAAGUCUGACGUUGAAAGUAAUGAGUUCGCCCCAUACGUUGUUUCAUUUUCAUCAAGAGGACCUAAUCCGAUUACAGCAGACAUUCUCAAGCCUGAUCUUACAGCACCUGGGGUUGACAUUUUAGCUGCAUGGUCAGAAGCUGCCCAUGUGACAGAAAGUGAAUAUGAUAACAGAAUAGUUCCAUACAAUAUAAUCUCUGGCACAUCCAUGUCCUGCCCACAUGCAACCGGGGCGGCUGCUUAUGUCAAGUCAUUUCAUCCAACAUGGUCUCCUGCUGCCAUUAAGUCUGCUCUAAUGACAACAGCUUUUCAAAUGAGUGCUGAGAACAACAUCGAAGGUGAGUUUGCAUUCGGGGCAGGUCACAUAAAUCCUGCAUUAGCAGCUCAACCUGGAUUGAUUUACGAUGCUGGGGAGAUUGAUUACAUUAAAUUUUUGUGUGGACAAGGAUAUAGCCCUACAUAUCUACAGCUUAUAACUGGGAAUAACAGCAAUUGUUCUGAAGAAACAAAUGGAACAGUGUGGGAUCUAAACUACCCUUCCUUUGCCUUAUCUGCUACUCCUGGAAAAUCCAUCAGCAGAGUCUUUCACAGGACAGUAACAAAUGUUGGAUCAGCUGUGUCAACUUACAAGGCAGUCGUCCAGGCUCCACCAGGGCUUAUAAUCCAAGUUCAACCAAGUGUUCUUUCUUUCAAGUCUCUUGGGCAAAAGCAAUCCUUUGUUGUGACUGUUGGAGCUGGAGUUGGAAACUCCAUGAUUUCAGGUUCUUUGACCUGGGAUGAUGGCCUGCAUCAAGUGAGGAGCCCCAUUGUUGCUUAUGCUUCCUUAAUCGAAUGA